AUGGCGAGCGCUCCAGCCGCCACCUCCGCGACCGCAGGAGCAGGGCCGGCCGCUAGCGGCACAGCAGCGCGGGUCGAAGACAAUGCGCCCAAGCUGCUGUGGAACACGGAAAACGUCAAGGACGUGGCCGAGUCGGUCGGGAUCCCAAACAUCAACGACGACGCGGUCCGGUGCCUGGCGCAGGAUGUGGAAUACCGCAUAGGACAGGUGCUGGUCGAGGCGCUGCGCUUCAUGCGGGCGGCCAACAGGACGACCCUGACGGUGCAGGAUACGUCGCAAGCCUUCAAGGUCCUCGACGUGGAGCCGCUGUACGGCUACGACUCGACGAGGCCGCUGCGCUACGGCGAGGCGAGCUUGGGUCCGGGCCAGCCUCUUUUCUAUAUCGACGACGAGGAGGUCGAUUUUGAGAAGCUUAUCAAUGCGCCGCUGCCCAAGGUGCCGAGGGAUAUGAGCUUUACUGCUCACUGGCUUGCCGUAGAGGGUGUUCAACCAUCAAUUCCACAGAACCCAACCACAGCAGAGUCGAGAGCACAAGAGCUGAUACCCAAAGGCCCUGGUGCCAACCCCGCCCUCAACGCUCUUGCGGGCAACGACAACCUUGCUUUUCACCCCGCUGUCAAGCAAAUCAUCAGCAAGGAAUUGGUUCUCUACUUUGACAAAAUCCAAGCUGCAGUCCUGGAUGACACGCCUGACGAAGAGGUUGUGCGCCUGCGCAAUGCAGCUCUGGCUUCGGUCAGGAACGACCCAGGUCUACAUCAACUGGUUCCAUAUUUCGCCAACUUCAUCGCCAACCAGGUCACGCACCGGCUGGACGACACCUUUACUGUGCGGCAGAUGAUGGAGCUGACGGCAGCGCUGGUUGACAACUCGAAUCUGUUUCUGGAUCCAUAUGCUGGCCCGCUUUCGGCACCGGUACUCACGGCACUUAUGAGCCGCAAGAUCGGCAACAGCACAAGCACAAGCAAGCAGGAGGAAGGCAGCGGCAGUGGAAGCGGUAGCAGCAGCGUCAACCGCGAGGCGCUGCGCGAACAGUUCCUGCUCCGCGAGUUCGCCGCUAGCUUGCUCGGCAAGAUAGCAAUAAAGUACACGCGCGCCAACCGUCACCUCCGGUCCAAGCUGACUCGCACAUGCCUCAAGUACCUACUCGACCCUACCAAGCCUGCACCCGUCUUGUUCGGCGCCCUGAACGGACUCGUGGCUGCAGGAGGACCAGAGGCCUUCCGAAUCCUCGUGCUGCCGAACCUGCGGGAAUUCGACAGCGGCAUGCUCCAGCCGCUGCAGGAAAAGGCGGCCAGCGCAACGGGAGCGGCGGGCACCGUGGCGCAGAUUGAGUUUGAGGCGCUGGUGGGCGCCAUCAUCAAGGCAAUCAUGUCACUGGUCGAGCACGACCCGGCCGUGCCGAACGGAGUCAAUGGGGGUACGUCGGAAAGUGAAAGCGCCGAGUUGGUCGAGUUCUUAGGCCCGAUCGUCGGUAGGAGGAUUGCAGACAAGGGAGACCACAAGCUGGUGAGGGUUGUGCUUGCGGCGAGGAAUAUCGAAUAG